UGACAUUUUUAUAUUUAUUUUCAUUUUUUAUGUUUUUAUAUUUUUUGAUAUUUAUUUCAUAAAUAUUUUUUGUACAUAAUUUUUCCCAAAAUGUCUUACGGUAGCAGUAGCAGCCUGUACGAAGAGGAGCAAGAAGAAGAAGUCCCGGAGGUGCAGGAGGAGAGUAUCCCCAGCACAGAGGACCCGCCGAUGAGCCAGUGGUCCUCUCUUGAAUCAGAAUAUGUCGAAGUCAACGAGAAAAAAAUCCUCCAUUCAAAAGGUCUCUAUUCUCCGGGUAGUGGUGAAAUAUGUGCAAAAACUAUAAGUAUGUCCGACAGCGGAGUACUCGCACACUCCUACUACCACUACCCUUCUGUGACUGACCCUGGCAUCAAGGAUGCCCUUUGCGCUCCUGAAUUACCCACAAUAUACUCCGACAAUGGCCAAGAUUUAUAUUUAUCUCUAUGUGAGGAAAUGAACAAAUUUCCCGUCCGACUUUUUCACAAGAACUUAGUCUUUGAGGAAAUCAACUUAAGGUACUAUUGUGUUGAUCCUUAUAGUGUUCAAGCAAUGGCGAUAUCUUUGCAGUAUAACAAGUAUGUCAAGCGUCUUGAUCUUACUGAAAAUUUUUUAAACGAUGACGCUUGUUACCACCUCGGAAGAAUGUUACAAUUCAACGUCACUUUGAAAGAGUUGAUACUUUCUGGGUGUCGCGUUAAGGCGUCGGGACUAGCUUCUCUUUUGGAUAAUUUUAGAGUCAACCGAAGCUUAACCACUCUUGAUUUGUCAAGAAAUGAACUAGGUGACGACGGAGGCGUACAUUUUGCCGAACAAUUAGAACGUCGCAGAGUGUCUGUAACAAAUGUGAAUUUGAGUAGAAACCAAUUAGGCACAAGAACUGCCCUGGCAUUAGCUGAAGGUCUUGAAUUUGGGAACAGACUGACACAUCUCGAUUUAUCACAGAAUAAUUUCUUUCAAGUUAGAUCUACAGUAAAAUUGUUAAAUAUAUUAUCAUUUAGCGAGUUCAUGGAGAAUUUGAAUUUAGCUUGGAAUGGAUUGGAGGGAAUAAGAAUAGCUGAAGCUGUCAGGAGAGUCAUUGAGAUUCCAACCUUAAAAGUUCUGAAUUUAAGUAAUAAUAGAUUUUUUGGAGAAGACGUGUCAAUCAUAGGUAGUGGUAUGUUCUUUGCCAAGAAACUAAAAACUCUGGACUUUUCCGCUAAUCCUUUGACUACUGACGAUGCGCAGUUCCUGAUAGAGAUGAUGCGGAGACCCAGGGUCAAACUGCGUAACUUGCUUCUCGAGCAUGUGAACGUUUCAAGAGAUUUUGUAGCUACUUUAAAUAGAGUAAAGAAUAUGAAAUCACGUCAAAACUUCAACACAACUUACGGUCAUGUAAUUAACGACUCGAUCUCAACUGGACCUGAUGCGAAAAAACUGAUAUUGCAAAGGGUCGCCUAUUUAGAUGCUCGAAGCAAAAAGCAUAAGGUGGACAUUCUAUUGUUCUUUUUGAAACUAAAUAAAAUUUAUGAAGAAACCAUUCCCAUAAAGAACCUUUUGGGGACAGUGAUUGCAGAAAACUUGCCUUUGGAUGAGGAUCUGUUGACGGAAAUGUGUAAUGUUUUUCCUGGCGGUAAAGGGAAGUUGAAGGGUCUAAAUUUGGAAAGUAUGUGUGAUUAUAUCAAGAGGUUGUGGCCAGAAAAGAAGCUACCUCUUACGUCAGAGGACGAGCCUGCGCCGGCGCCGCUGCCUCCGCCUAAAAAGGGCACGAGCAAGGGCAAGGGCAAGAAGAAAUAGAAUUCUUUAUGAGCAGGUCCGGUCAUUUAUUUGGCAGCUGCUGUAUGGAAAUAUUUUUUGAAGUAUUUUUUUACUUUUUUAUAUUUUUAUUAUUAUUUAAGCAUAUACAUAUAUUUUUUUAAUAUAACUGUAAUAAAAAGACGAUAGUCCUUU